AUGGUGGAGCUGGCUCCAGUGCCUGAGGCUCAGAAGCUCAACAAGGCAGAACAGAGGAAGCUACAAGAAAAUCUGCACAACUACACCAGCAUCAUGAAGAAGUUCCUCAACAUCAACAGUUGGCCCAAGAGCAACAAGUACAAGAUCAGCAAGAACGCCUUCAAGGAGCUCCUCAUUGCCUGCCAGAGACAUGUCAAGUUCCUGAGCAAGGUGAGAAAGGUGGCUACACACCUCAUGGAUAGGGACUUCAUCCACCUCAAGAACAAGGUGGCUACUGGAGAGUGGGUAUGUUCUCCUUUUGCAUAG